ACGCCGCCGGAGCGGCGCCAUGACCACGGCGCUGACCCAGGGGCUGGAGCGCAUCCCGGACCAGCUGGGCUACCUGGUCAUCAGCGAUGGGGCCGUGCUGGCGUCGUCGGGUGACCUGGAGAACGAUGAGCAGACGGCCACCAUCCUCUCGGAGCUGGUGGCCACGGCCUGUGGGCUGCGGCUCCAGCGUGGCCAUGACCCCCCCUUCAAGCGCCUCUCAGUGGUGUUCGGGGAACACUCCCUCCUCGUCACUGUCUCUGGACAGAAGCUCUUCGUGGUGAAGCGGCAGAACCACAUCCAGGAGCCCGUUGCCGUCUGAGAUGCGUCCCCCGCUGUCACCAAGAGGGGGGAUGGUCCCCCUCAUCCCCACUGUCCCCAGGGCCUCAGGGCGGGGACGGGACAUGGAACUGGCUCCCCUGUCCCUGCUGGCCCCAGGGCCCUGCAGCAACACCCACUCGUGUCCCUGUCACCUCGAGGGCCUUGGGGACUGGUCCUCCACGUCCCUGCAGUCCACAAGGCCACGUGGUGUCCCCUGCGUGCCUCGGGGUCCGGCGGCAUCACCCCCCAAGCACACUGUCUGUCUGCUGAGGCAAUAAAUUACAUCCUGGUCCCCCCCA